GCGCAAGCCGAUCCGACCUUAUCAAUGGUGCAUAAUCUCUUAUCUCAAGUACUACAUCGAGCCAUACCCGGUAACGGCAAUGGAGUGCCGCCACCACCAGAUUUUCUGA